AUGGCUGGGUUUGAAGGUCCUUCUGUGUCAUAUGAAGAGACGAAAGAUCGCGCGGAAGUGGAGUUGCAUGAUCUCAGUGAAGGAAGUCCGAUUGAAGGCAAGUAUAUGGGAACUGAUUCGGACCGCCACGACAUGAUAGUGCUGGGAAGGAAGCAGGUCUUACGACGCAACUUCCGAUUCCUAUCUACCGUGGGCUUCGCAGCCGUCCUGAUCUCUACCUGGGAGAUUCUCUUCGCCAACGUCCUUUUCAGCUUGACAGAUGGUGGUACUGCAGGCAUAUUUUGGGGUUAUACGGUAACAGUCAUUGCGAGUAUCUUCAUUUACCUCAGUGUAGGAGAGAUGGCCUCGAUGUCCCCUACCGCGGGAGGCCAGUAUCACUGGGUCUCAGAAUUCUCCCCCGCUUGGUGCCAGAAGUAUAUCAGCUACAUCACAGGCUGGAUUCUUGCAACAGGGUGGCAAGGAUCUGUGGUGGGGCUUUCUUUUCUGGCGGGGACUAUCAUCCAAGGCCUCAUUACUCUGAACAACAGCAGCUAUAACCCUCAGCCAUGGCAUGGCACACUACUCGUCAUUGCAGUGGUGUUAUUUGCUAUCAUUUUCAAUACAUCUAUGGCCAAGCAAUUGCCAAUGGUGGAAAUUGUCAUACUGUUCAUUCACAUUCUUGGCCUCUUUGCCAUUGUCAUCCCCCUUCUGGUCAUGGCACCUUCGCGUAACAGUGGCAGGACAGCCCUGCUGGACUUCUACAACGGUGGAAACUGGUCAACUGUCGGUCUUGCAACGAUGAUUGGCUUACUCACUCCUCUGGGCUCUAUGCUUGGCUUUGACUGCGCUGUACAUAUGUCCGAAGAAAUCAGAGACGCUUCCGACACCCUCCCAAGAUCUAUUUUCUGGGGUGUAGUCCUCAAUGUCAUCCUUGGGUACCUCGCUGUCUUCACGCUCUGCUUCACAAUUACCGAUCCCUCGGCCAUACUUAAUACUGCCACCAAGUAUCCUUUUAUUCAGCUGUUCUACAACAUUACCAACAGCUACGUCGGCACCAACAUCAUGGUCGCCAUUAUAAUCAUCGCAUUAGUAUGUGCUGUGAUUGCAGAAAUUGCCACAGCAUCUCGGCAGAUCUGGUCCUUUGCCCGCGAUGGAGGUUUGCCAUUUUCGCCCUUCCUAUCAAAGGUCUCCCCGAGCUUUCCCAUCCCCCUAAACGCAGUCAUAGUUUCCUUCCUCUGCGGCAUCGUCAUCAGCCUAAUCAACCUCGGCUCCGCCGUCGCUCUCAACGCCAUCAUCUCCCUCACCAUCUCCGCCCUCUUAGCCUCCUACAUCCUAUCCAUCGGCUGCAUCCUCUCCAAGCGUCUGCGCCGCGAACCGCUGCCAUCGGCGCGCUGGUCGCUAGGCCGUGCGGGGAUGGCAGUCAAUAUCAUCGCGCUGGUGUUCUUAGUGGCUUUCUUUGUGUUUUGUUUCUUCCCGACGGCUACGCCGGUGCAGCCGGAUACGAUGAAUUGGAAUAUUGUCAUGUUUGGGGGAAUCUUUGUUUGGGCUACGGUCUUUUAUGUGGCAAAGGGGAGGAAAGUAUAUAUUCCGCCCGUAAGGAUUGUGAAGCGGGAUGUCUAG